AUGCUAUCGAGAACAGCUGCAGUGCGGCGCGCAAGCUUCCACAUCCGACCUUAUUCAAGCAUAGACUAUUGCCCCUCGGUUUCGAUAGCUCGCACGUGCCACAAAACCAAUAUCUCAGCGGGAAGUAUAGAUGCAACACAUCGAGGCUUGUUUCUCCAUACGAUUAAUGCUAACAUCCGAUCGUUCGCCACUACCGCAAGCCCGAACGAUUGCGGUGGGAAUCGAUUUGCACCGGGCUGCAUCGAACCGCAACUCGUAGCCACCACUGCAGACAUCGACGAUCUGCCGAAUCAUCCCGAAAAGCUACUGAUUGAUGUGCGCGAACCGUCGGAAUUGGCUGCUACCGGGCAAAUACCAACCAGCAUCAACAUUCCGCUCAAAACUGUACGUAAUGAGCUAGGUCUCAGUCCGGAAGAAUUCGAAAAGAAGUAUGGACGCAAGAAACCUGCCGCUAGUGAUCCGAUCAUUUUCAGCUGUCGCUCGGGAGUACGUGCGGGACAAGCGGCACAAGAAGCGGACCAACUUGGUUACAAGAACGUGAAAAACUACGUCGGAUCUUGGUUGGAAUACGCAGCUAAACAUCACUUGCCAGUUUAA